GGAUAGGUCGAACUUUAUUACCAAACGUUCGAUAGCAGCUGCAGGAUCUGCCACCUCCAAAUGACUACACAAACGAGAGUCUCAAAGUCCAAAAUAGAGGGCCAGAUAUGCUGUUAAAUCAUCGAGGCCUUUGGACUGAUGUGAAGUUUUUCAUGUUUUCCUUUGGAUUUUUGAAUUUAUGAUUUGUGAUACUGAAGCAGCUGGUGUGGAGAACUGAAGUGGACGAGUUGACUAAGGAGCCGGGAAACUAACAGCACAUCUUAAGUCAGUACAUCACUUUGAGGUUGCCCAAUCCAGAUCCAAACCUACAGUAAGACCCUGAGUCCAACAUCAGCACACGGCUUCAUCCCUAGUUGUGAGGACAAGAGGCUUUCUGACCUAUCUGGACCAGAGUGGUCCCACGAUGGGGAAGACUGGGCAGAGUACCGUGGAUUUAAACUCCCCAUCAGAGGUCAAACAAGCCGUCCCAUCUGAGGACCUAGACUUCACAGCGCCCCCUGCAGAUCAGAAGAAGGAAAAAGAGGUUCCACCCGACAGGGGAACCUGGAAAGGAAAGUUCGACUUCCUGCUGUCCUGUGUAGGAUAUGCCAUUGGCUUAGGAAAUGUCUGGAGGUUUCCUUAUUUGUGUGGCAAAAAUGGUGGAGGCGCCUUUCUGAUCCCAUACUUUAUGACCCUGGUGUUUGCUGGGAUACCUCUUUUCUUGCUGGAAACGGCUCUGGGACAGUUCACCUCAGUGGGGGGGCUAGGUGUGUGGAAACUCAUUCCCAUGAUGAAAGGUGUUGGUUUGGCUGCUGUUGUCUUGUCUUUCUGGCUAAACAUCUACUACAUAAUCAUAAUCGCCUGGGCUCUAUACUACUUAUUCAACUCCUUCAGUUCGGAGCUUCCUUGGCAGAGCUGUGAUAACCCCUGGAACACAGAAAACUGCUUCUGCAAUUACAGCCUGACGGAUACUACCAACCUGACCAGUGCUGUCACAGAGUUCUGGGAGCGUAACAUGCACCAAUUGACUGAUGGUCUGGAGGAGCCAGGAGAGCUGCGGUGGCCUCUAGUGGGCACCCUGGCGCUGGCUUGGGUCCUUGUCUACUUCUCAAUCUGGAAAGGAGUAGAGUGGACGGGAAAGGUGGUUUAUUUUUCUGCCACCUAUCCCUACUUCAUGCUGUUCAUCCUGUUCUUCCGAGCUGUCACACUUCCUGGAGCCAUAGACGGCAUCCUGUUCUACAUCACCCCAGACUUCAAUAAGCUCAUUCGAUCCGAGGUGUGGCUGGACGCAGCAACUCAGAUCUUCUUUUCCUACGGACUGGGCUUAGGCUCGCUUAUAGCGCUCGGAAGCUACAACACUUACAACAAUGAUGUGUACAGAGACUCUAUCAUAGUAUGCUGCAUCAACUCGUGCACAAGCAUGUUUGCUGGGUUUGUUAUUUUCUCUAUUGUAGGAUUCAUGUCCUACAUCACAAAGAAACCGGUGCAGGAACUGGCAGCAUCAGGUCCAGGUUUGGCAUUUCUAGCCUAUCCUCAGGCAGUCACCCAGCUUCCCAUGUCUUCCCUGUGGUCCAUCCUCUUUUUCUCGAUGCUCAUGAUGCUUGGCUUGGACAGCCAGUUCUGCACAGUGGAAGGAUUUAUCACAGCUCUCAUGGAUGAGUAUCCCCUGGUGUUGAGGAAGAGGAAGAAGCUCUUCAUCCUUUUUGUUUGUUUCAUCUCCUUCAUCAUUGGCUUCUCCAAUAUCACUCAGGGUGGUCUGUAUGUCUUCAAGAUGUUUGAUUACUACUCUGCCAGUGGGAUGUGUCUUCUCUUUCUUGUCUUCUUCGAAACCAUUUCCAUAUCCUGGUUUUAUGGAGCUGAACGAUUUUACAAGAACAUUGAGGACAUGAUUGGUUAUCGGCCAUGUGUCUGGUGGAAGCUUUGUUGGAGCUUCUUCACACCUCUGAUCUGCCUGGCUAUGUGAUCUACAUGUUCUGCACUUCCAAAGGCACCAUCAAACAAGUACAUCCUUUUGCAUGCAUGUUUCAUUUCCAUCUACAUUAAUCUCAUGUGAUAUGAUGCUUAACAACAGACUCAUCAUGCUCUUACCAGAGGCUGAUUUAACUCUCUUUUACAUGGGCAGCGUUGGCGGAAGAUGACAACUAUCCAGGAGGAUGAGACGCCAACAGGGCUGGAAGAAUUCACACACACAGGGAGCAUGGGUGAAGCUCCGGUGUAGCCAGGAUUGCUCGGGUUAAAACUGUUCUGACUGUCAGGACUUAAUGUGGUUUCUCCUGAGUUAUAAAAAAAUGGGUAAAAGAAGUCUCUGGAGGAAAACAUUUCACUUGUUUGACUCUAUUCCAAAUUGUGCUGGAAAUCGUUUUAUACAUGUAACAGAAGUUUUCUGUAGCAGUAAAGAUUCUGAACAGGAUUGUGAAAAUUGAGAAUUAAAUUUUAGAUGAAAUUGUGUACAUAACCGGUAUGUGCCCUGUUAUUGGUUAUAAUGCUUCACAAAAGUAUUUAUACCUAAUGAACCUUUUCACAUUUUUCAUGUUACAACCACAAACCUCAAUGUAUUGCAUCAGGAUUUUAUGGGAUAGACCACCGCAAAGUAACACUUCAUGGUUUAACAUUUUUACAAAUCAAAAUUAGGAAGGUGUGCAUUUGUAUUAAGCAUCUUUUACUCUGAUACUUGUAAAUAAAAUUCUGUAAGACCAACUGGCUUAAAGUCAGAUAAUAAGUAAUUAGAGUAUACCUGUGGGUGGUUUGAUCUUAGCAUAAAUCCAGCUGUUCUUUAAUGGCCUCAGAGGUUUGUUAAACAACACUAUAAUGAUCCAAUAGUAUUGUAAAGACAAUUCAGGGGUAAAGUUGUGGAGGUAGAGUUGCAGUUGCAAUCUUGGCAAAAGGAGGUUCAGUAAAGUACUGACUCACGGGGGGGCUAAAUACAAAUGCACACCAUACGUUUUCUAUUUUAAUAUGUAAAAACUGUUGAAAUAUUGUCGUAGUAACAUGACAAAAUAUAAAAAAGUUCAAGGGAUAGGAAUAGUUUUGCGAGGAUAUGAACAAGCUUUUAACACAGGCAGUGAAGGUUGCUGUAAAGAUGGAAUAUUAAAACAAGAUUUCGCUACAAUGCAUUCAAUGUAAUUUGCCCAUAUAUUGUAUAUAGUAUGUAAUACAAUAAAGUAUCUUUGCUAAUAAAACCAUAAUCACUAUGAAAAAAAGUUCAAAAAUCUUAUUUCCCAUAUUUCUAACUUAAUUUUAAGGAAAAUAUAUCUUUAGGUUUUAAUUUAUGUAUAUUAAAGAAUGUUGUUUUCAGUGUAUUUCCAAAAUUCAAAAACUGUAAAAAUAUUAAAUUUCUUUUUAAAAGAAGACGCAAAACAGUCUAAAACCAUGCAUCUCCAAAGUACAAUUUUAAGGCCUUAUAAGUAACAUUUUACUAAUUUUUUUAGAUCCUCAGAAGUCUACAAGCAGUUUCUUUUAAAGGUCUUGCAUGCUAAAUUAUAACCACCUACAGGUAACAUUUUUAUAAAUGUUUGUUUAGUCUAAUGAAAUUUGAGAUAGCAGGUGUAGGGAAAACCCAUUUUUAAACCAAAAGCAUAACAAGGACUGCAUAAGAAAACUAGAGACAAGAAGAUGAGAUUACUAGAAGAAGUGAUUACUGGGAUUGAAACCAGGUGUGACCAACUGACUGUGAAAGCAGCUGAGAGAGGAGCGGGAAAUAAACAAGAGGAAUUGAAUAAACAGCAUGGAAAGAACAGAGGUACCAUAUACAUAAAACUUGUCAAAACAAUAAGAAAACACAAAUCAGCCCUUCUAGUAUGGAUGGAUACAAACUAAACUGAAUCGUAUUGUUGCUACUGUAGUUAUGUAAACACCACUUUUUUAGCGGGACCAUCAUUAAGCACAAUGUUUAAGAUCACCAUCCUGGCCAUACAGAGAAAAAAAGUCAAGCAGAUUAGCAGGCCAUUCAAUUGGAUUUCUGUUUUACUUUUUGUUUUAACAAAGAUCAGCCAAACAUUUGUAGGGAUUUAUUUUUAUAUGAGCAGCUUUUGUCCGCUUGACAAUUGGUGUGUCUAAAUGUCAGAAGAUUUAUAUUUUUUUUAUUGAAUGUACAAAUUUGGAGAUGCAUACUUUGAAACAAAGAGAUUUGUUGUAUAUAUGUAUUCACUGUACUUCAACUUUUUAUGUAACUAAAGACUAUUAAAAAGUUAACUUCACAUAAAUACUACAUUCUUCAGCAUUGUUUUACUAUUAGGAUACAUUGAAUUUACUAAAUUUAAACAUUUAAGUUCUCUUCUAUAAUACAUUUUCUAAACAGUUACAUCCUGAGGGCUAGAUAUUUUUUGAUGACUCCUGAUCUUUUGCUCAACAUUCAAACAUGUUACUGAAAGCAUAAUCUGUGUUGAACUGAGGCCCCAGUUCAUCAACACGUCACUAUUUACUUUGUCUGUUUUGAGGGACUAGCUUUCAAAACAGAAGCUGGUGUCAUCGUCUAAGCCUACUGUGUUCAUUUAAAAGGUGGCGCAGUUGGUAGCACUGUUGCCUUGUAGCAAGAAGGUCCUGGGUUCGAUUCCCGGCCUGGGGUCUUUCUGCAUGGAGUUUGCAUGUUCUCCCCGUGCAUGCGUGGGUUCUCACUGG